ACAGGGGAGCUCCAUCCUAGAAAUAGCGACGGGUUCCCCCCCCCCCCCAAUCUAAUUGAAUUGAUUGAUUGCCCGCAAGUCGCAAAUCGCAAAUCCCAAUCCCACGUCAUGCGGCCGUCUGUUAUUCUACUCGCCGCCGCCUCGGCGGUGUCCGCGGCGGUAUGCCCCCGCGGAGGCGCCAACCUGCCCGCAGAGGCGUUCCCCCGGUUCCAGACCAUCUCUCUGGAGGAGGCCCAGGCCGGGAAGGAUCUGAUUGAGUUCAACCGGACGCACGGUGCCACCUCGCUGGCAACGGGGGGGACGGUGCAGACGGCGGCGUCGGCGGCAUGCGCCGCCAACCCCAACAUCCGCUACGAAUGGCGCUCAUACUCGGCCUCGGACCGCCUCGGGUUCGUCAAAGCCAUCAAGUGCCUGAUGGGCAAGCCGCCGUCGGGCAAGUUCCCACCGGCAACAAGUCGCUACGAGGACCUGGUGCGCCUCCACCAGCAGUACAUGCCCAACAUCCACGGCAACCCCAAGUUCCUGAUCUGGCACCGCUACUACCUGUGGACCUUCCAGAUGGUCCUCCGCAACGAGUGCGGCUUCAACGGCCCCUUCCCGUGGUGGGACGAGACUCUGGACGCCGGCAAGUUUGGCCAAAACGACAUGUUCACCAACAACAACUACUUCGGCCACCUGCCCGGCGCCCAGAACGGCCAACCCGUCUGCAUCACUAGCGGCGCCUUUGCUGGGCUCACCUGCAACAUUGGCCCGGGCUCGGGCAACCGGCCUCACUGCCUCUCGCGCGCCGGCGACGCGUCCUUGACCUCGCAAUGUAACUCUGCCUUCGUCAACACGUGCAACUCGCGCGGCUCCUAUGCCGACAUGGAGAGCUGCAGCGAAUACGGCCCCCACGCGUAUGGACACAACGGCAUCGGCGGCGUCAUGUCGGACGUCUCGGCGAGCCCCAGCGACCCCAUCUUCUGGAUGCACCACAGCUUCAUCGACCACAGCUUCCGCAUCUGGCAGAACGCCAACCCCUCCCGCCUAACCACCAUCAAUGGCAACGACGCCAACGGCAACCCCCUCACUCUCGACACUGUGGUCUCUAUGGGCGGCAUCAUGCCCGACGUCAAGAUCCGCGAUAUUCUGGAUACCAUGAGCGGCGUCACCAUCGGCGGCAAGCCGUGGUGCUACCGCUAUAAUUACUAGGUCGGACAUGGCGUUCUCACUCUAAUACACAGCGUUGGAAAUUAAUUUGGGCUUGGGGACAUUGCAUAACUACUCCCCAUUACUACAUAAACCUAGCAUUCAUUUAUUAUUAAUAUUUCCUUGUACCUAUUACAAUAGACUACAGCUUGUCUAAAUCUGCCAUAAUUUAGGACUGGAGCGCAGCUGAGGCUGGCUCAGAUUGACUCGGGCAUUCUUUACCGGUCUGCCUUCUCUCUACUCUCUUGUGAGGGAGGGCAGUUGGAGUGACAUACUGUACAUCUGUACAUGGAGAUGAACGCUUGCAGCACGUUCGAAGCCAACUCAUCUUCGGCAACUCCCAUUCCAUUGGCAUCUCAGCAAUUGACUCCACUGAUAUCAGCCGCUUCAUUCAAGUCUCUCCAAAAGGGUCCCUCAACCAUCGUGAGG